UUGGCCAUGAUAGCGGGGCCGUGGGUGACACGUAAGUUGGGUGGGAGGUGGCGGACCACUGGAGCCGCCAGAUCAGUGACACCGGCCCUCCGCCUCCCCCUCGCCCUUACCCGAUCAGAACAACCUGUCCCCCAUCUCUCCACCAUCCGAGGUGGACCGCUCGCUGGGACACCGCCGGGAGCCAGGUCCCUUUGUUGGGUGCGCGUCCCCUACCAGCGGUAGCCACAAAGUCCAGCAGCGGGAGCCGGCGCGAGGGGCGGGGACAGACGGUGGGGACAGCGAGGCCAAAAAGUGAGGAGGAAGGAAAGCGGGGCAGGCGGCGCGCGUGGAGACCUGCAGCAAGGGCAGCGGGCUCUGAAGUAUGCAAAGGGACCCCACGGGGCCCCAGCCACUCGCAGAGCUCCGACGUCGCAGAAGUUUGGUGGCCGCUGCCCGGGUGGCGUCGAUGGCCUGGCGGCCCGCCGCGCGCGGGGGCUGAGCGGCCGCCUCUUCCCCUCUGGCCCCGCUUUUGUGUCUCGCGUCUUUCUGCUCAUGCCGCGUCCGGCUACUUCCCGCGGUGGCCGCUGCUGAGCCGCCCGACUCCGCCGAGGACCCGAGGACACGACGGCGCCCGCCGCCGCAGCGCGGGGCGCGGGAGGGACUAUGGGAAACGGGAUGUGCUCCCGAAAGCAGAAGCGGAUCUUCCAGACGCUGCUGCUACUCACGGUGGUCUUUGGCUUCCUCUAUGGCGCGAUGCUCUACUUGGAACUGCAGACCCAGCUGCGCAAAGCCGAGGCGGUGGCGCUCAAGUACCAGCAGCACCAGGACUCGCUCUCUGCCCAAUUGCAAGUUGUAUAUGAACACAGAUCAAGAUUAGAGAAAUCUUUGCAAAAAGAAAGGCUCGAACACAAGAAAGCAAAGGAAGAUUUCCUUGUUUAUAAGUUAGAAGCACAAGAAACACUAAACAAAGGAAGGCAAGAUUCCAAUAGCAGAUACAGUGCACUGAAUGUCCAGCAUCAGAUGCUGAAAAGUCAGCAUGAGGAGCUGAAGAAACAACACAGUGACUUGGAAGAGGAACAUCGAAAGCAAGGGGAAGACUUCAGCAGAACGUUCAAUGACCACAAGCAGAGAUACCUGCAGCUUCAGCAAGAAAAGGAGCAAGAGCUUUCUAAGCUGAAAGAAACUGUCUAUAACUUGAGAGAAGAGAAUAAACAACUAAGAAAAGCACACCAAGACAUUCACACACAGCUUCAAGAUGUCAAGCAACAGCAUAAGAAUUUACUCUCCGAGCAUGAACGGCUUGUAGUGACUUUGGAAGACCACAAGAAUGCACUGGCUGCUGCUCAGACUCAAGUUGCAGAAUAUAAACAGCUGAAAGAUACUCUGAACAGGAUUCCGAGCUUUCGAAAUCCUGACCCAGCAGAGCAGCGAAAUGUCACCUUUCCCCGCGGGACUCCACAAGGUUACAACAUAAGAGAGAAGCCAACAGGAGAGCUACGAGAGGUGUCUCUAAAUAACGAGGUGUGGCAGAACCAUGAAGCAGCGCCUAGGAGAACAGAAGAGAAACCUUUCUCUUCCAUGCAGAAGGAAGCAGGAUUUCAGGCUCCAGCAGAGCAGAACCAGGUGGAACCCAGAGAGCCAGAGGAGCGUCAGGUGGAAGAGGAGCACAGGAAGGCUCUGGAGGAGGAGGAAAUGGAGCAGGUGGGGCAGGCAGAGCAUCUAGAGGAAGAACAUGAUCCGUCACCAGAGGAGCAGGACCGGGAGUGGCGAGAUCAGCAGGGUCAGGAUGCAGCCCACCUUCUGGAUGGCCGCCCUCAAGCUGAGGUGGACCAUUCAACCAAGGCAGUCACAAAAUUCCGCUCCCCGUAUGAGGAGCAGCUGGAGCAGCAGAGGCUGGCGGCAAGGAGGGAUGAGGAAGCCCAGAGGCUGAGAGAACACCAGGAAGCUUUGCACCAACAGAGGCUACAUGGACACCUGCUGCGGCAGCAGCAGCAGCAGCAGCUCCUGGCCAGAGAGAUGGCUCAGCAGAAGCAGGCAGAGCAUGAGGACGUCCAGCAGCCGCAGCACCCGCAGCAGCUACGGCAGCAAGUUAAUUACAAUGCUGUAGAGAACGACGUCGUGCAGGGAGCCGAGGACCAGGGAAUCCAUGAAGAAGAGGGAGGAGCCUAUGAGAGAGAGAACCAACGCCAAGAUGAAGCUGAAGAAGACGCAGGCAACAGACAGGAACCUCACGAACCAGGACCCCAAGAAGCUGACCCCGAAGCUGAGGCAGAUAGGGCGGCUGUGGAGGACAUAAACCCAGCAGAUGACCCCAACAAUCAAGGGGAAGAUGAAUUUGAGGAGGCUGAGCAAGUGAGGGAAGAGAAUUUGCCAGAGGAAAGUGAGGAGCAGAAACCAGGGGAAGCAAAGCAAGAGAACGCAGAAAUGGACGAGCACUUGGUGAUGGCAGGGAAUCCAGACCAGCAGGAGGAUAAUGUUGAUGAACAGUACCAGGAGGAAGGAGAGGAGGAGGUUCAGGAAGAUUUGACUGAAGAGAAGAAAAGGGAAUUGGAACAUAAUGCUGAAGAGACUUAUGGUGAAAAUGCUGAUGAUAAAAAUAAUGAUGUCGAAGAACAAGGAGCUCAAGAUGGUGCCCAUCCCAAAGGAAGAGAGGAGCAUUAUGAGGAGGAGGAAGAUGAGGAAGAAGACGGAGCUGCCCUCGCUGAGAAAUCACAUCGCAGAGCCGAAAUGUAGCCGGACCCCAUUUCUAGACUACGCUCAGCCAACACAUUUUUUUCAAGCUGCUCUAAAACGAAUCCCGCCUACUGAAUUCUAGAAUAUUUAAUUACAUACAAAAGUGAGGGUUUAGACUUUUUUAACUUUUAUAUUAGAAAUGCUAUACAUUUAUAUGAAUAUAUUUUGAUAACUUAGCUUAGAACUUCUUUUAUAGUCAAGUUAAACAUGGACAAGAAGAUAAACAAUGAGACAUGCCCUCAGGUCGGAAUCUCAUUCCUCAGAGAUGGUGUGAUGCUGUAAAGUGCGUGGCUUUUGUGCAUGUCUCGGCUCAUUACUUUUUUGUUUUCUGGCUUCCAGGUAGUCUACCGUUUAUAUUGGAUAAAAGGCAUGGUUGGAUUUAGAAACAAGGCAUAAGGAAAAACACAGUGCAAAUGUCGAGGGAGUGACUGGUAGCCAAGUGGCUGUUCUUGCAGGUUCUUAUGUACAGCUCUGAUAGGAUGUCACUACUGCAGGCUGUCUGGAAAUGAGGUCCAUCUGCACAGUUGACAUGCAAUUGGAAAGACUUUUUUUGUGUGUGUGGCGGAGCAAAGAUGUUGUUUUUUAAACUUUCAGGUCAGUUAGAAGAAUAUUUACCAUUGCUUAAAAAUCACAGCUGUCGUGCUUGAGGGGAACCAAGUAUGAAAGUUGAAUAAUAUUAAUAUGAAAGUAUCCUGGACUUAGUCUUCUGUUACAGAGGCCAAACAGGGGCUGACAUGCUUAAAAACUGAUGUAGUAUGUGUGAUGGUGCUUCCUGGGUGAACUCCCAGUUUCCCUCAUUUCUUAUCUAAAUUCUCUUAGUUCUAAGCUCAUCAGUAUCCCAUUUCUACAGCAUAUGUUUCUCCCUUAAGCUCUGUGCCUUGGUGUGUAACUAUUUGGAUCAUAGUCAUGGAUAUGAAAGCAUGUAAUGCUACAGUUUAAUAAGAUUAUUUUUCAGAACUAUAUAGUGAAAUAUCUUUAGCACUAUGAUAGGAAUUCCCCUCUCAGUGACUUUACUAUUUACCCAGAAUUGACCUGCCUUUGCCUAUAUAUAAGGUAUUUUAAUGGCUAUGAAUAAUAAUAUACAUCCCUGAGGAGAAAAUUCAAAGUGGAAAUUUUUUCCUAAAAUGAGCACAUAUUUUAGUUUGUACCAUUAAUAUUGUUAAACACAUAGAACUGGGCCACAAUUCAUCUUUGGUGGUUUUUAGAUACUACUUUCAAAAUAAUAAAAAUGAAUUUCAUUUUCUGCUAUUAUUGUAUGAAUGUAAUUUUGGUUUUUAAUAACCACACUCAUGUAUGGUUUUGAUUUUCCCAGCUGAGCAAUUGUGUAUGUGUGCAUAGAAAUGUUCUGUUCAAAUGUAUUUUGGAUAACCAGUAACCAUAAAUCAAAUCUCAUCUUUAUGUAUAAAAGCCCCUUAUGUAAUGUAAAAUGUAUGAUAUUGUACAUAAUACUCAGAAUACAAUUAUUUUGGUAAAUUAGUUUGUAUUUUAAUGUCCCAGUUACAGUAUUUAAUUAUUUGAAACUUGGGUAAUAAUCAAUAAAGCUAUGAAAAGUGA